AUGAGUUCUGAUGAACAUGAGUAUGAAUAUCUUUCAGAUGCCGAAGAAGAAGAUGAACUAGAAGCAGAAAGAAAAGCUAUCAUCAACGACCAAGCAAUUCAAUUAGAAACACUUAAAAGAGAAUAUUAUUCGUUACUUAAAGAUGUUCCAUUAACAUCUGCUUCUCAGCAAUUUAUUAUAGCCAUUAUAUUUUUGUUCAUAUUAAUUUUCGUGUUUUGGCUCAUUUCAACCCAAAAUUAUGAUCAUUUUCUAUAUUAG